AUGUUAAUAAAUGUUAUUGAUAAUAAUAGUAAAUCUGAUCGACAAAGGAUGACUGAAAGUAUGGCAGAGAUACGUCAAAUUAUUGAUGAACAUGAGAAAAAAAUGUUACAAAACAUUUCGAAAACUGAAGAAGAACAGAAAAAAAGACUUGAAGAUUAUAAAAGAUCAUUAAGAAAUGAACUGCAACAUCUUAACAUGCAAAAGAUGUCUUUUGAAAUGCUUUCAUUAAUUAGCAAUCAUAAUAAACUAUUAGAAGCCAAACAAGGAUUUGAUAAUUAUGUGAAUGAAACAAAUGAAAAAUUAAAACUACUGCCAAUGCCAACUGUAACUGAAUAUUUUUUAGAAGGAAUUGACCAAUUGCAAAGUUUAAAGCAAAACAUUCUUCAAUGUGGAAGAUAUAUUGAAGUUCCACCAUAUCGCAAUCCUCAACUUGAACAAUUCAUUAAUGAUAACCGAGAAAACCGACAAAUUGACUUAAAACUUAGAAAUUUGACCGAUUCUGACAUGAAGAUUGUGGCUGACAUGAUACGACAAAGCACGGUAGAGACAUUUUUCUGA